AUGAAAGCCGGCAUAAGAAAGCGCAAAGAUGACGAGUCCAAGGCUCAAAGUAGUACAAUGAAGGAGAUGAACAAGAUAAACAAAGAAAUAAGCGUGAUUCAGGCUUCCAUGGAGACAGAAGUCGACGAUCAGAGACUCUCUGAUUUAAAGGCCCGAAUGACCGAGCUCAUUACGUCUCGAUCCGGGAUAGAAGAAAGACUGAAGCAGCAUGAAGCCAAUAUCCAGGGCGCUGAUGAUGAAAUCCGUCAAAUUGACCAACCGGAGGGGAUGGAAAUCGAAAGCGACGAUUUCUACGCCCAGUCAGCUUCUGCAAUAGAAAGCCCCUCCAAAAGCGAUGAGGUUCCGGAAGGAGCUGUACCUGUUGAAAGUGUGACCGCUGUUGCAGAAGAAAAUCAGGACGUUGCAAUCACUGGGGAAAGAAAUGACGCUGGAGAACGUGAUGAAACUCACCAAUCUACAAACAAUAACAACAACAGCGAAAUCAGCACCCUUGAAUCGCGAGAAGGCAACAACACUCCAUCAGUCUUAGAUUCAGUUGAAAGCACUGUAGCUGCUCAAACCAGUGAGCUCAGCAAAGAGAAUUCACAAAGUCAAACAGACAGCAGAAACGAACGUACACUACAGCCGCAGCAUAUCCCGAGGACUUAUGAUGAUUAUAAUUCUGUGGCAAUGGAUGCUCAGAUAAAUAAUGAAACCGAUGGGAUUUCACUCGAAAAUGGCACCGUCCUGGUACAAACCCGGCAAGGUAGCCUAUCAAUGAAUUCUUACGGAUGGCGAAAUAGUCCUAUGUAUAUUUGGAGCCAACAACCCGCUUCUCGCAGGGCCGAUCAUGUGCCAUUUUUGAGUGAAGCACCGCACUGUGAUGCUAUGAAGAAAGAGAAAGACGUACUCAUAUACAAGGGCAAAGUUGGAGCCAGUAGCAUGGGAGCCUAG